AUGAGCGGGCUGAUAAAUUACCUCCAGAACAGUCCCCUCAACGGCAUUGACGCGGCCUUGAAAGCAGAACGGGAGGAACUGCGAGAUCUCACCUAUGUGAACGUCAACAAAGAGCUGGAGAAGGUUAUUCAAGAACUAAUUCUUCGUCCGCUCCAUCACCAUCUGAUUCAGGAGAUUAUGGAUUUUCUUAUCAGGAACAGCACGGCGCGUUCGGCUUCUCAGUUUAGUGAACGUGUCCUCAAAGAGUACGACCGGUUAUGUGACGUAAGCCAGUUUAAUUUUGGUCUCUAUGCAUCAAUCCAAUUUCGUUUAUUUGUUCUGAAUCCGCAAUUUUAA